ACUUGCCCAGCUGCUGCUCAAUUUGGGAAGAGAGCGGUUUCGGAGAUAGAAUUGGCGCUUCCGAUUGAACCGUUGGCGCGGCAAAAUCAAAUGAAAUGGGAUUCAAAAUCAAAUAAAAUAGCCGUUGGCGCGGGAAUCUGUCAACGGGAAUCAUGGAGAACGCGCUGCCAAGAAACAAGAAUCAGAGGGCCAUCGAAAAGACUUUUUUGAAGCGGAAAGAUUGCAUCAAGAAGAAGAGCAUGGAACUCUCUGUUCUCUGUGAUGUCAAGGUCUGUGCCAUUAUAGUUGGGCCGGACGGAAGAGUCGAAACAUGGCCAGAAAGUCAUGAUGAUGUGCGGCAGGUGAUCCAAGCAUACAAAAACUGCCCAGUCGACAAGAAGAAAAGGGAACGGCCCCAAGAACUUGAUCAUGGUGGCAGUAAUAAAAAACAGAAAGUAUGUGCUGUCUCUGAGGGAGUGAAGAGAACUGGGUUUACUGAUGAAGAUGUGCUUAGAAGUAUUGAUGCAAAGUUAUGUGAAGUAAGGAAGAGGAUCGAGUUGAUUAAGUCCAAUGAUCAAAAGCGUUCCUUCUUCCAAGAAACUGCUUCUUUUGGUCAGAGUCCAAUUAUAAAUAACUCCAUUUGUUUCGACACACAACUAGAAGAAAUUCAAGGAUUUGAGGAGAAUGAUCUAUUUGACUGGUGCGAUGUUUUUAAUGCUGGAUCUGAAAAUCCACGGGACAACCAAGAACUUUUCACAGCUGCACCAACUCCAACAUCGCUCAAUCCGUGCAGUGGAUUAACCGACACAGAUCAAGAUUUUCAGUCGUCUACACCGGCGGUGAACUCAUUAACCCCUGGUUGUGAAUUGAUGGAUACAUUUUCUGUGACAAAUAAUGGAGAAUUCAACCAGUUUGCACCAACUGAUCUCAACUCAUUUAUUUCUGGUAGCGAAUCAGUGAACUCCUUUACUUUGCCAAGUAAUCAGUGUUUUAAACCAAAUCGGGAUUGGUUCGAAGACAGCGCAUUUGUGGCUGACCUGAUUUCGUGGGACGCUGCUCCUAUUAAUAUUUGGACUUAGUAUUUUCUUGUUAGUUAGUUGUAUUUUUUGGUUCUUUGAUAGUUCAUUUUCAAUUUGAGAUCUUUGUAAUUUGCAUCAUUUCGAUGCAUGACUUAGGAUAUCAACAAGUAUAUAAUUUUUUCAAU